AUGAAAGACUUAAGUAAAUUUCAUUUUAGUGGUAAAUUCCCGUUAAAUCUUUGUGUGGUUCCAAAGCAACUUAUCAAGCAGGCGAUGCAGUGGAGAGAUUUUGCCACAACAAAUAAAGCGUUAUGCGUUACGCAGUCGAUCAAGCCGUUCUGUUUACAUUUUCCUGCACGGAAAGAACGCUCCGAAAAGAUGGAGAUUGAAGAAGAUGUGUGGUUUGAGCACGUCACGGUAGAGAAUGGUUCGAGUGAGACCAACUGGAACAGUUUGAUCGCCAUGGUGGCUGGAAUCAACAACCAGCUCAUCUCGGUGAGCACGCAGAUCAAUGCAAUCGACAGCAGACUAAAGAAAUUUGAAGCGAAACAAGAGGAAACUUCGUCUAUAAUCGAGAGUGAGGUGGAAGAGCUAAAAUCGCAAAUCCCUAGCGUGAAAAGUGUGCUCAAAACCGUCGAUAUCGAUCCUGUUGCACCACCUCUAACAUCGUUGUUAAAGCCUGUCCAAAACAAAGAGGAACUGGAUGAACUGGAGGCCAAAGCUAAGGACGAACAGUUCCGGGACGAGAUCGUACAAGCGGUUGGUCGAAUUCAUGGCCACGACCGGAAAGGAGAGGGCGAUACCGUUUGUUAUCAAAUAGUGGACUAUUUCUUCGAUCGAAAGUUUCUAACCGAAUGCUCCUGGUAUGGGCGAAUGAGUCAGCGCACCAAGAACGGUCCGGGCAAAAGAAAGAUUGGUUUAAUCGGUUAUGGCAGUACGAUGAAACUGUUUCACGCCUGUGUCCACCUUUCGGAUGAAACAUUCACACAGACCCAGUCCAUCAAGUUUAUCCGUCGGUGCCUCAGAUAUUCUGCGACGCGUGCGAAGGCAAAGAUGGUCAUAAAACCAGCGGCACGGCGACGUAACCCAAAAAAGGUAGAAACCAACGGCAUUUUGGCUGUACAUGCAGUCGUUGAAAAUCAGCUGCGACACCUGCAAACUGCUACAAGAAGGAAAUAGUUGUCGGUGGUUGGUUAAGGACGG